AUGUUGGAAGGCUUGGUUGCCAACCUGUUAAACAGGUUCCUGGGCAUGUACGUCAAAAAUUUCGAUGCAGGACAACUUAAUGUCGGAAUUUGGUCUGGCGACGUGAAACUACGAAACCUUGAACUGCGGAAGGAAGCUCUGGACCAACUCCGUCUUCCCUUAAAUGUCGUUAAAGGCCAUCUUGGAGAACUUACAUUAUCGAUUCCAUGGUCAAAUUUAAGGGGAAAACCGGUGAAGGUCGAUAUACAAGAUGUCUUUCUUCUCGCAGCACCCAAGGAAGAUGCCACCUACGACCCGGAGGAGGAGAGACGACGACAGCAUACGAUCAAGAUGGAAAAGCUCGAAAGCGCGGAAAUACUGAAGGAACAACAGAAUAUCGAUGGGAUGUCACAAGAGGAACGAUUAAAAAACCAGAGCUUUACUCAAAGUCUGACGACUGCGAUUAUCGACAAUUUACAGGUGGUCAUCAAGAACGUGCAUUUCCGCUAUGAGGAUUCCAUAGCUGCACCCGGACAUCCUUUUGCCUUGGGUAUCACCGUCAAGGAGCUCAGCGCUGUCAGCACAAAUGGUGAAUGGAAACCAACGUUUGUACAGUCUACCUCAGGGACAAGCCAUAAAUUGGCUGUUCUUGAAGCUCUCGCGAUUUAUUGGAAUACAGACGUUGAGCUAUUUGGCUCCGGGUCUGGGGGUGACGCUGAAGCCAUGGGCCUAAAUCAUGCGGAGUUGAUGCAUAAACUGAGGACCUCUAUCGAAGAAGGAGAAAAUAACCAGUUCAUACUGAAGCCAGUGAGCGGCAGAGCGGGUCUCGAGAUAGAUAAAACCGGACGGUCAGAUCGACCGAGAAUCAAGGCGAGGCUUCUUUUCGAUGAACUUGGCUUCGUCCUCGAUGACAAUCAGUACCGUGACGCUCUGAUGCUUGUUGAUCUCUUCCACUAUUUUAUUAGGCAUCAAGAGUACAAGCAGUACCAACCUAAAGUCAGGCCCAAAGAAGACCCCAGAGCUUGGCUACAGUUCGCUGCAAAUUCUGUUCUAAGCAAAAUCCAUGAACGGAAUCAGCGCUGGACGUGGGAUUAUAUACGACAGCGAAGAGAUGACCGAAUUGCGUAUAUCAAGUGUUUUAAAAUGAAAAAGAGAGAGGAAGUCAUGUCACAAAGUGAUGCUGCGGAGCUUACUCGCCUGGAAGAGAAACUCUCUUAUGAGGACCUCAGAUUCUGGAGAUCGUUAGCCCGAAACCAAUUGAGAAAGGAGAAUGUUGGGAUUAAAAAAGUUGUCAAACCCCAAACUUGGUCUGAAUGGAUGUGGGGAACCAAGAAGCAAGAGGAGAGCACGACAAUGACAGAAGAGCAGAAACGGGAGCUUUAUGAUGCAAUCGACUGGGACGAGAAAAAGGCUGUCGCUGAGAGCAUCGACCUCCCGAGAGAUUCCGUGAAGUUCCAGGUAGAUUCCAGCCUUAAAACUGGCAGCUUUACUUUGAAACGAAAUUCUCAAGGAAAAGCAAAUGAGGUUCUGAAAUUAGUCUUUGAUAAUUUCCGGGCGAAGGCGAAGCAACGACCCGAUUCCUCUGUCAUAGACAUUGACCUGGGCGGUCUUCGACUAUACGAUGGGACGACUAAAGGGACGCGUUUCCCACAAAUAGUUCGAGUCAAGGAUAGACACCCGGAGCCUGAGGAUGAGCAAUACGGCAAGGCAGAAAAUCAAGAUCUUGAAGCACAGGAGGAAGAUGCUCUCGGUUUGGAUGAUAGCCUGUUCCAUUUCCAGGUAGAAAGGAACCCUCUUGACGGCAGCGCAGAUUCCGCUAUCAAAAUGAAGCUGAAGAGUAUCGAGAUCAUUUACAACCCCGCGGUUCUAGUUGAAGUAGUUAGAUUUUUUCGACCCCCUGAGAGACACAUGGAGUCAAUUGGUGCCUUGCUUGAAACUGCAGGGGCCACUGUUGAGGAGAUUCGGCAACAAACCCGAGCAGGUUUGGAGGUGGCACUGGAGGAGCAUAAGACAAUCAAUGCCCAGCUUGAUAUCUAUGCACCUCUGAUCAUAGUCCCUGAAAGCAUCACAACAGAGAGCACCGUGUGUUUGAUUGUCGAUGCCGGUCAUGUCAGUGUUACCAGUGAAUUGGUAUCCAAAGAAACUCUCAAAGAUAUCCAGAACAAACAUACAAAGCAAUUCAGCGAGCAAGACUACAGGCAACUCGAAAGCCUGAUGUAUGAUAAGUUCCUCCUGAAGUUGGAUUCUACCCAAGUCCUCAUUGGUCCUGGAAUCGAGGCUACCAAAGCACAACUAACCUCCGGUAUCGCAUCAAAAAAUUUCCAUAUCAUCGACCGUAUCAAUAUGGAUUUUAUGCUUGAGUUAUGCAUCCUUCCGAAAUCCACGGACCUUACGCGAACUCGAGUCUCGGGGCAUUUGCAGGAAUUGCACGCUUCUAUAUCUGAUAAGAAGUAUAAAAAUCUCAUGAAGUUAAUCGACAUUGCGGUGCCUCAUAUAGACGAGCAACCCAAAACCAGCUCUAAGCCACAGGAGAGCUUAAGACCAAGGGCUGGGACGACUGCAUCGAACAGGAGACGUAGAUCAUCGUCUUUUCAACUGACCCGUCCCAAGGAGUUCCCUGUCGAUGAUAUGGAUUUGGAUGUCGAAGAGUCGCGUAGGCAGGCCGUUGAGAAGGGGCCUACAAAGCCUACGAAUAUCAAUCAUCGGACUUUUGAAUUCAAAUUUACCGUUGACACACUUCGAGGAUCGCUUUAUCGCUCUGACCCUCAUGACGAAAGUACCGAUAAAUUGCUGGCCGAACUAGUGGCGAAACAUUUCCAUUUAGACUAUUAUCUUCGCCCAUACGAUAUGGUUGCGCAAAUUCUCCUGAACUCUCUUAGUGUUGAUGACUAUAUUGAGGAUUUCCCGGCUCCCGAGUUCAAACAAAUCAUAUCUUCCAAAGGCUUCGAUGCAAACGAAGAAAGGGACCUAGUCAAUCUUAAAUUUGUCCGUGUCAAUCCAAAUUCGCCAGAGUUUAUGUCGACCUAUGAUGGAACAGAAAUAAAUUUAGAUCUUUCCAUCUCCACAAUUAAUCUCGUCGUCACAAGGAAGACGCUUCUUACGCUCUUGGAUUUUGUCCUUGUUACAUUUACAAACCCAGAUAACAAGGAUAACACCAAUAUACAGAAGCAAGUUGAAGUGGACACGCCAUUGCCGAAGGAUCACAAGGACGAACGGAAACAGACGGAUACAGGGAAAAUCCGUAUUAAAUCGAAACUGGAGAGAGUUGUUCUCAUCCUCAAUGACGACGGAAUCAGGCUUGCUACACUAAGUUUAAAUACGGCCGAUGUUGGCAUCUUCUUAAUUGACCCAACAAUGCGAAUUGAGGCCCGAAUAGGGAGUUUGACGCUCUUUGAUGAUAUCAAUGGUACCCAUUCGACGGCUCGGAGGCUAAUGAGUAUCGAGGGAGAUGACUUCGCAGAUUUUAAAUACCAGACAUUUGAUCCCGAAUCUGGGGAUUAUCCUGGAUAUAACUCUGAGGUGUUUCUACGUUCUGGAUCGAUUAAAAUAAAUUUCAUUGAGGGCCCUUAUCAAAAAAUCGUCGGAUUCUUGGUCAAAUUUGGAAAAAUGCAGGCGAUUUUUAAUGCUGCACGUCAAGCUGCAGCCAACCAGGCAAACCAGAUCCAGGAAACCGCUUCGCUUAUGCGCUUUGAUGUUAUCGUUAAAACACCAAUCCUUGUAUUCCCUCGAAUCACUGAGGAAGAUAGGCCCCGAGAUUUUGUGACUGCACAUUUGGGAGAAAUAUACGCUAAUAACAAGUUCAGCCCCCUUAAUGAAGAAAGAAGUAGCCCAAGCGUUAACGUGAUCUCAGCUGGAGUUAGACAUAUUCGGCUAACUUCGAACCUCUGGUAUGAGGAUGAUUAUUGCGAAGAAUUACAGAUGAUUGAGAAGGUGGACCUAGAUUUUAACAUUCUCUACCUUGACCACCAGGCAGGCGUGCCUCGUCCGGAUAUUGAAGUUGAUGGGUCAAUGUCUCCCAUCAACCUUCGAAUUUCUCAACCGCAGCUUAAAUUCUUAUUAGAGUUGUCCAGAACGAUCCCAGCAGCUCUGAUGCAAGAUCAAGACCUUGAAGAGGAAGAGGCGAUUGAGUCCCUUCCACCCUCCGCCACGGAGUCAGCAAUCUUGGCCACCCCUGGGGCCGGUGAAGAUGCAAGCCAGAAGUCACAUCAAACCAACAACGGUAUAUUUGAGUCAGAACCGUGGAUACGGCUUGACAUGGUAUUCCGGGUCGAAACAAUCGGCUUAGAGCUAAUUCUCGCGAAAGAUGGUCAGCCAGUUGGUCCUUUGGAUGAAGCAAGUUUGUCUAAAUUUUUCCUGAACAAUACAAAUGUCAAGCUUCGAAUGAUCAGCGACGGCUCACUUGAGUCUGAACUCCUUGUCCACUCAUUUAACAUUCGGGAUAGUCGAACCAGAGAAACAAAUCGCUUCCGCAAAAUCAUGUCUCUGAUCAAUACGGAUGUCCAGCAGCAGUUUAUGGCCAGUGUAUCGAUCUCUGGCGGUCAAGACAAGCACCUUAUCGCGAUGCUUACUAUUGAUAGCCCAAGGAUUAUUUUUGCUUUGGACUACCUGUUCGCAUUACAAUCAUUUGCAACCGCGGCUUUUGCGACCGACGAAGUACCUGCAAUCGACCACGAGUUGGACGAGUCAGAGGAUAUGGAAUCGGAAAUCCCAUCUCCUGGUAUUCCAAUGAAACCCACUCCCUCUUCGUCCAACAAUGGAUCAAAUGCUAUGACAUUUUCUUUCGGAGUCAACGUAGUUGAUGCCCAAAUGAUUUUAGUGGCCAAUCCAACCAUUGCCAACACUGAAGCGAUAGUUUUAGGUUCAAAGCAAUUAAGGUUUGCACAGCAGAAUGCCUCAACGCUAGAAAUGACCAAAAUCGGCAUGUUCCUCUGCCGAAUGGACAAAUUUGAGACCAACCGACUUCGAGUGCUAGACGACUUCGCGAUUGCUCUUUCCAUGGAUACGAAGUCCAAAGGGAAAUGCUCCUCAAUGACAAGAAUCGACGUACACGUUGACCCCUUGGUUCUUCGAUUAUCGCUCCGAGAUAUUCUGCUCGCGAUUCAAAUUAUGAACAAGACCUCUGAGAUGAGGAAUACAGGAGGUGAACAAGAAGAUUCCGAUUCGAAGAGCACCAAGGAUCAGAAGUCUAUAAAGUCUGCCCGACCAAGACCUAUCGGAGGCAGACCCUCUUCUUCUCUUGUUGUCAGCACGGGUUCACAACAUCCAUCCGUGGAUACGGACAAAACUCAACAGUCAAUAAUCAUGAAACGAGAGGAAAUGACCGCCCUGGUUGAUGGUAUUAGAGUAAUCCUUAUCGGAGACUUGCACGAGUUACCGCUGCUUGAUUGGAGUGUCAAAGAAUUCAAGAUGGAUGUUCGAGACUGGUCUGGCAAUAUGAGUGCCGAUACCUCAGUUGACACCUUUCUCAACGUUUACAACUUUUCCAAGUCAGCUUGGGAGCCGCUGAUUGAGCCAUGGAAAUUUGGGUUCCACAUGGCGAAGGAAAUGAAUCCCGAUCUUCUCUCAAUCGAAGCUUUUUCGCAUAAAAACAUGGAGCUCACUAUUACGUCUGCAACUAUCGCUUUGGCUUCAAAAUCGUUCCAGUUCCUAUCUACGGAUGAAGAUGUCUUGUCAAAACCUCAGGGAGCAGAUGCCCCUUAUAGGUUACGGAAUUAUACCGGGUUUGACCUUAGAGUUUGGGCUGAUGUUGGAAAAAGCGGAGAAGGGCCCGCAGUAAUGCUACACGACGGCGAAGAAUGCCCCUGGAGAUUCGAAGACGCAACCACCAUGAGGGAAAAUCUCUUGCCAGAAGGCACAGCUGGCAUGGUGGGAGUAAAGCUUGAAGGCAGUGGAUUCGACACAAUUAACAGGAUCCCUGUUAUUCGGGAAAGGGAAACGCUAUACAACUUAAAACCGAAACAAGACAAAGUGCUCCACAAGCUUCUCAUUGAAGUUAGGCUCGCGGCCGACAAUGUUAAGUAUAUAACUUUCCGUUCACCACUGCUCGUUGAGAACAAAACACAGAUUCCAGUGGAGCUGGGUGUUUUCAGUCCCGAGGAUGGUCACCUCCUAAAGAUUGAAAAGAUACCACCUGGAGAUGCCCGACCUGCUCCUGUAGGAGCUGCAUAUAUGCAUUCUUUAGUUAUACGGCCUGACGAGGGGUUCGGGUAUGACUGGUCUAACGAAAGGCUAUUCUGGAGGGAUUUAUUAAAGAGGCCUACUCGAACUCUUAAGUGCAACAGCGAAAACGGGCAACAGGCACCGCCGUUCUACUUCCAAAUGAGUGCAAACUUUGAUAUCAAGGAUCCUAUUCUUAAUGUUUAUCCAUAUAUGCGCAUUCGUGUCUCCGCUCCCAUCGAAAUCCAGAACCUUCUCCCCUACGACUUCAAGUACCGCAUCUAUGACAAAAGUACGCGGAAAGAUUGGACAAAUUUUCUUCGCAAAGGUGGUAUUAGUCCAGUACAUGUUGUCGAACUGUCACAUCUCCUACUACUCAGCAUUGAUAUGCAAGACACCGCCUUCAGAAACUGCGAGUUUGCUAUAAUAAAUGGGAAUGCACAAGAAGACUUUCGGAGAGAAUCGAUUCUUAGAAUCCAGGAUGACCGCGGCACGGAAUUGAAACUUGGGCUGCAUUAUUUUUCUGUCCCGGAUAGUGGCGGAGCGUUCAAGGUUUCGAUAUUCAGCCCGUAUCUUAUUUUGAAUAAGACAGGUUUAGAUCUUAACCUUCAGAGCAAGAGCAUGUUCCAAUCAACAAAGUCCGCUGGACAAGCUAUCAGGACCGAUGGACGGAGUGGAGUUCGCAGGGCGCUGCCAUACAUGUACUCGUAUGCUACAAGCGAUCGCAGAAACAGGUCGAUUCUACGAGUGGAAGGCUCUUCCUGGAGCAAACCGCAAAGUUUUGAGGCUAUUGGGAGUACUUUUGAAGUCAUUCUGCCCUCUUCAAAUGGAAGGGCCGAGUACCAUGCUGGUGUUUCCGUCGAGGAGGGCGAAGGAAAGUACAAACUGACUAAAGUGGUCACUGUUGCACCUCGCUUCAUCCUGAACAACAAAUUGAACGAGGAUCUGAUCGCUCGCGAACCCAGUUCCUCAACUGUGAUCAGCCUCAGGGCGGGCGAUUUGGUACCGCUUCAUUUCUUACGACAUGCUCCCGAAAAGCAACUCUGCCUUUGUUUCCCCGGUGUAAAUAACCAGUGGUCAUCUCCUUUCAAUAUCUCGGAUCUUGGAACCGUUUAUGUAAAGUUGGCCAAGGCGAAUCAACGCCAAAGACUCAUACGAGUAGAAGUACUCAUGGAAGCAGCCACAAUAUUUCUUCAUAUCACCAGUGAAACCCGGCAUUGGCCUUUCUCCAUGCGCAAUGAAAGUGACACGGAAUUUGUGUUUUUCCAGGCUAAUCCUAAUCUAGAUGAGGAUGAGGACUAUCGGGAAACAGGAUGGCGUCCAAUCCGGUAUCGCCUCCCCCCUAGAAGUGUCAUGCCCUACGCAUGGGACUAUCCAGCCGCCAAAAGCAAGUCUCUUGUUCUGCUGUGUCGUGGCAAAGAACGGCAUAUCAAACUAGCGGAAAUCGGAAACUUGAUUCCAAUGAAAGUGCCUCCAUUAGAAGAAUACGGUCCAUCAAAGAUUAUUGAUCUUAAUAUCUCGGCAGAGGGCCCUACGCAGACCCUGCUUCUGUCAAACUUCAAGCCUUCCAAGAGUAUGUAUCGCCAACAACAUUCCCUAUCCUCUCAGAGCAGCCUCUCCUCCGGUUUUGAAGUGAAAGACAUCAAGUCCGACAUCACUCUUAAGACGCAGCUUCGAUUAGGUGGUAUUGGAAUAUCCUUGAUCAACCAGAAAAUGAAAGAAUUGGUUUACUUCACCUUCAGGGAUAUCGAGUUCAGAUUUAGUGAGUCAAAACUAUACCAGACCGUUAAUACAACAAUAAAAUGGAUCCAGGUCGACAACCAACUAUACGGAGGUAUCUUUCCCAUGUUACUCUAUCCUAGCGUUGUUCAGAAAACUGGUAAAGAAAUGGAGGCACAUCCAAUUUUCCACGCCAAGGUUACCCGUGUUAAAGACGACUCAUAUGGUGUGCUGUAUAUCAAAUAUGCAACGGUACUCUUGCAGCAAAUGACUUUGGAACUUGACGAGGACUUCAUUUUUGCAAUGUUGGAUUUCGUUAAAGUCCCUGGCGCGUCGUGGUCUGAGGAAAAGGAAGGAAGGCUCUGCGAUGAAGAUCUCGAUAUCCCGGAGCCACAAGCGGAGGAUCAUGGAAAUGAUGUCUAUUUUGAAGUAUUGCAUCUCCAACCUAUGCAGUUAGAUCUCUCCUUCGUGCGCACCCAACGUGUGAACGUGGAGGAUACGAUGGAGUCAUCCAAUCCACUCAUGUUUUUCGUCAAUGUCAUGACAAUGUCCAUAGGGAAUGUGAAUGAUGCUCCUGUCCGAUUAAACGCUUUGAUGCUGGAGAAUGCGAGAGUAUCUAUGACUGCGCUGCUUUCCAGCAUCACAAACCACUAUACCCAGGAAUUUAUCCGCCAAAUUCACGUUGUCCUUGGUUCUGCAGAUUUCUUAGGAAAUCCUGUGGGGCUGUUUAACACGGUCAGCUCAGGUUUCGUUGACAUCUUCUAUGAACCAUAUCAGGGACUUGUCAUGACGGAUCGACCACAUGAACUGGGCAUUGGAAUUGCAAAAGGGGCUACAAGUUUCGUCAAAAAGUCCGUUUUUGGACUUUCGGAUAGCAUGGCUAAAUUUACCGGAAGCUUGUCAAAAGGCCUGGCGGCCGCUACCCUCGAUAAAGAAUUCCAAGAUCAACGACGAAUGGCACGAACCCGUAAUCGGCCUAAGCACGCACUGUACGGUGUCACGUCUGGUGGAAAUGCCUUUGCCCAAAGUAUGGCCAGUGGUAUAGGAGGCCUCGCACGCCAUCCUCUAGAAGGCGCCGAAAAGGAAGGGCUCCAGGGCUUUAUAAAAGGAGUAGGAAAAGGGGUUUUAGGGCUCGCGACAAAGCCUGCUCUAGGUGCUUUUGAUCUUGCCUCUAAUCUCGCUGAAGGAGUUCGGAACACUACCACUGUUUUUGAUUCUGGAGGGUUAGAACGCGUCCGGCUUACCCGAUUCAUCGGCAUGGAUGGAAUUGUUCGGCCUUAUUCACAACGGGAAGCACUUGGCCAAUUCUGGCUCAAAACUACAGACGAUGGCAAAUACUUCAACGAAGACUAUCUCGCGCAUCUCGAGUUUCCGGGAAAGGACAUGUUUAUCAUGCUAACGUAUAACCGAAUUAUGCUUAUUCGAUCUAAAAGGUUGACGGCGGAGUGGGAUAUCAAGUUAACCGAUAUUCAAACCAUCUCCAAGGAGAGGACAGGAAUGGGUAUCACUCUCAAGGGUGGUGCAAAUGGUCCAUUUAUACCCGUCCAGGAUGAGAGCGCCAGAAAUUGGCUAUAUAAGCAAAUUGCGAUUGCUGUAAAUGCGUUUAAUGAGAAGUACAGUGCAAAAGGAUAA